GAUAUCUACGCCUUUCCUGAGCAGUAUAGAUUUCAUAGCAAACAAACAAACAUGGACAGCAGAAUCGACCACGGGGAAACUCACAGGAACAAGUGUGCGGCAUGCUUUAGGCAGUUCAACAAGUUGGAGCACUUAGUGGAGCACAUGAGGAUCUCAUAUCAUUCGGUUCACGAACCCACCUGCGGCAUUUGCGGGAAACACUGCAGAUCAUUUGAGUCUCUAAGGGAACACCUUAUCGGUCCAUUGCCAAAACAGGAAUGCAGAGAUAUUUUUGCCAACCGAGGAUGCAAGUUUUGCUUAAAGGUCCUUGACAGCCCCUACGCUCGAAGGAUCCACCAAGAAAGAUGCCAACUUUCUGCAAACACUGGACUAAUUGGACGCUUUUCAAACCUGGGUAUUCGUGAUAAUUUGACUAUUGGAAGAGGGCCACAGGUAGUUGCACUUGCUUGCAAAAUGGUCGGAGGUGGCAGUGAUGGCUCACUGGAUCUCUGUGCAAGAGUCUGCAUAAUUGAUGAACAAGAAAACAUCAUAUUCCAUUCUUACGUGAAGCCCCCAAUUCCUGUCACAAACUACAGGUAUGAGAAAACAGGUAUUCGACCAGAAUACCUGAGGGAUGCAAUGACGACGAGGCAAGUGCAGAGGAAGAUUCAGGACUUCCUCUGCAACGGGGAACCCUUGUGGAAGGUCCGACCAAAAUGUGGGAGAGCCAGGAUUCUAGUAGGCCAUGGGUUAGAUCAUGACCUGGAGUCUUUGCAAGUGGAAUAUCGAGCAGAAAUGAUCAGGGACACAGAAAAAUACCCUCCAUUGAUGAAGACGAGCAAGCUGAGCAACUCACUCAAGUAUUUGACACAAGCAUAUCUGGGGUAUGACAUUCAGACAGGGAUACAGGAUCCGUAUGAGGAUUGCGUGGCAACGAUGAGGCUGUACAUGAGGAUGAGAUCCCAACCACACAAAAAGGAGGAGCGCCCUUUGGCUUCAGAUCCUCAAAAUAAGAAUAACUUUGCUUCGUGGAGGCAAAGAGAGCUGGAAAGAAUGACCCCAGAACAAAUGCUGGCAAUCUCCAGGUCUGACUAUUACUGCUGGUGCCUCGACUCCGUCUAGUUCUGCUUCCAAACAAGAUCUCAAUUAUGCUCGUGCACAUCAGAUGAUCAUCGCUCUCAACUAUUAUUAUACAUUCUAUUUCUAUUAGCUAGGGAAUAAAAUAAAAUGAAAAAAAAAUAGUCAAGCAAAGAAGAGCCCUCAAUCCCACUGGGCAUUAAGAAGUUUUAGUUAGUAAUCUUCAUCAGAUAUCAUGGGACUUAUGGAGCAGCUUGCACUGCACGGAUAUGGGAUACUAGGUUUCAUAGUAUGAACUACGCUACAUGGAAUAUGUAAGACAAAUCAAUAAACAAUAUAUAUAUAGCAGUAUGAUUUGAUUAUUUA